UUCAGCCUGAGGCGGCUGCUGCUGCUCUCACCUCUGUAGAGCUGCUGGUAACAAAGACGACAGACAACAACAGGGGGGUGAUGGGUGCUCAGACAACAAGCCUGUCAGAGCAGCAACAAUGAACUAAACGAGUUGUUUUUUAAACGUUUCGGAUAUUUUUUUUAGCAGUCUAUUUAGCGCUUGUUUUAGUUCUCGUCGGGAAGGAGCUUGAAGUUUUUAGUCCACUAAUGUAGCUGUACCGGUUUUAUCCCAAAGCUAACUACAGUCUGUUGGAUUGCCGAAACUGGAGCCGAAGGAUUGUUGAGAAGCACUCAGGCACUCCGAAUGACACUGGUGAUGAUGACAAACUGACUGUUGCCCUCAAAGCCUGAGGGAGUGGAACACACCAGAAGAUUAGACACCCUCCAGCGACCAUGUCUGUCCAGGAGCGACCCACAUCUCCUUUACCCCUCAAGCCUGAGGCUAAGGCCAGACCGGAGAUCCCUCCAAAACCACAACCAGGCUCCCCUCCUCUUGGAGACAGAGGGUCGAGUUCAAGGCGAUCUGGCGGAAAGGUCAAGAGAAUUGUGAGCAAGUUUAGCAAACAGGACUCCAGUGAACCAGUGGAGCAACCCUCCAAUGGUACUGCAGAGCUCACGCCAAGCAAACGGUUCAGAAGGCCGCCUACGAUAAAGCCCAAACCAGGCCGUGCCAAUCUUCAGCUUCUGCUAGGGGGAGAGAAGGCACCACCGCUGCCUAUGAAGAGGAGUCGUAUCCUGAAGAAACAGAAAGAGACCGAGGGCGGCGAGGAGGGGGACAACAUCAGUGUGGAAGGAGAUCGAUCAGCCCCUGAUGGAAAGGAGGUGGAUGUUCAGCUGAUCGGAGGAGGCGACGUGGAGACGGAGCACAGUCCUGACACCCCUCUCAGUCCCUGCUGCGAACCAAGCUGCAGCUGUGUGUGCCACAUGCAGCGACCCGGCAUGAAACUCAUAUGGGUACCUGUGGACUUGGAAGAUGACGGGCAGGAAGGUGUAGGAGAGGAGGAUGGAGAGGACUGGGAGGAUGAGGAGGACGAGGAGGACGAGGAGGUAGAGCGAGGAGGGGAAGGGGACAGUGAGGCUGGGGACGAGGUGGAUCGGACUUCUGUGACCGAUGAGCACGAGGUCUUGAAACAUGAAAAAAUGAAGUUCCACCAAUCUUUAGGUGUUUUGAUCGCUGAGGGACAUAGGAGGCGAUCGGACCCGGGUCCUCCAGCUGUCCUCAACUCUCUCGCUGUCACUCGCUCUCAGUCUCCUCCUGUUCCUCCAAAACGUUCUCAGUCACCGCCGGUCCACCACACCACUACCCAUGACGAAGAAGAAAAUAUUUACGAGGCCACACUUCAGGUGGUUGACCCAACACCUAAGCAGAUCACACCUGUGGGUAAGGGAUUGGAUAUUCCUGUGAUCAAAGUGCGCAAACCGGCCCGGCGCUCUAAACUGUCCUAUAGCACCUCAGAUCCCACGUCCGACUUUCAAAACAUAGAACCCAUCUCAAGCGCAGACGACGUUCCGCCUGCCAUCCCGCCUAGAAUGCCGGUGGGUCAGGACAGCCAUAGCCUCACGUCAGUGCAGCGAGGUGGCAUUCCUCUCCCCCAACCCACGCUGGAGGAGUGGCGCUCCUUGCGGCCGUCCUCGCCCGGCAGCUCCACUGCCAGCGGACUGAGCCCUCAGCGAGCCAUCACACCACCCCCAUCCAGCCCCCUUCUGCCCCACAGACCCCCACCUCCACCGCCAAAGACAGAUCCCAGGAGGCUCAGCACCGCCUCGCUGCAAUCCCUUACACAAAGAAAAGGAGAGGAGAAUGAAGGGAGUGAAGGAGAGAAAGAGGAUACAGUGGAAGAAGUGUGCCCAAUCAGGAAUGACUCUCUCAUAAGGGAGAUGUCGUUCACGUGGGAAUCCCGCCUUCAGGACGAGCCUCUGUACCAGACGUACCGUGCCACCGUCAUCACAAAGGAGAUCCGCCGCCAGACAGUUUGCCGAAACAUCAGUAAAACCAGUGCCGACUACGCUAUGGACUGGACCGCCCGACGCUCCGGGACUGGGGCUGCUGCUGCUGGAAAUGGAGCACCCAGGGGCAGCCCUGUGCCCACACCAACCCAGAGCACCCUAUGGCAGGACCUCCCAACUGUACGGGACAGUGGAGUGCUGGAGCAGCUCACUCCUGACCAGUGCAAGUACCAGGAGAGCAUGUUUGAGGUUCUGACAUCGGAGUCCUCCUAUCUGCGAUCCCUACGAGUUCUGACCGAACAUUUCCUGGACAGCCGGGAGCUGGAAGAGACAAUGAUCAUCAGGGACAGGAAAACACUAUUCUCCAACAUCCUGAGGGUCCGCGAGGUCAGCGAGAGGUUCUUGAAAGACCUGGAGGACCGCAUAUUCAAGGACAUCGUCUUCCCUGACAUCUGUGACAUUAUCCACUACCAUGCCCAGCACAACUUCCCUGCCUACAUUGACUACGUUCGCAACCAGAUCUACCAGGAAAAGACCUACACUACGCUCGUGAAGAACAACGUGCAGUUUGCAUCAGUCAUCACUCGUCUCCAAGAGUCACCUCAGUGCCAGCGGCUGCCUUUUAUGUCUUUCUUACUGCUGCCCUUCCAGCGAAUAACGCGCAUUAAAAUGCUUGUUGAGAACAUCCUAAAGAGAACAAAGGAGAAGACGAACGAGGAGCAGACGGCCUCCAAGGCUUUGGCUUCUGUGUCGAAGAUUAUUGAUGAGUGCAACACACAGGUGGGAAAGAUGAGACAGAUGGAGGAGCUGAUUAAUGUCUCUAAAACACUGGAGUUUGACAAGCUCAAGGCCAUACCAAUCAUCUCUCAGAACCGAUAUCUGGAGAAGAAGGGAGAGCUCCAGGAAAUGUCCAAAGGAGGAACUAUCUUCAACAUGAGGGCAAAGUUCACUCCUGUCCACCUCUUUCUUUUCAACGAUUUGCUCGUCCUCGCUGCCAAGAAAGGAGCUGAGCGUUUCGUUGUAGUCGACCACGCCCAUCGCUCUCUGGUGCAGGUACAGCCAGCAGAUGAAGUUGGAGGUAGCGGCAGCCCCUACGAGCACUGCUUCAACCUCACUCUGCUCGAAAACCACCAGGGACGCAUGAUGGAGCGGCUCCUCAAAGCUCCAUCCCAGUCAGACAUGCACAGGUGGAUGGCCGCUUUCCCCAGCCCCACCAAACCAGACAGAGAUGAAGAUGAGGUCAUUUAUGAGGACUGGGACUGUCCUCAGGUACAGUGUGUGGAGCAGUACAUUGCUCAGCAAGCAGACGAGCUCACCCUGGAGCCCACUGAGAUCAUCAACGUCAUCCGCAAAACCAAUGAAGGCUGGUAUGAAGGGAACCGCCUGUCCGAUGGCCAGAAGGGUUGGUUCCCCAUAGCAAAUGUCAUAGAGAUCACCAACGAGCACGUGAGAAGGAGAAACCUCCGGGAGCGCUACAGGGUCAUUCAGGCUGCGUGCAUGGUUGCCAACAGCAAGGCCAACACCAUUCAGUAGGAUCUACGGAUUGAAGAUGUUUACAUUGAAAAACUCUGACGAGGACAAUAAAUGGAGACAAACUUUUUAGAGAAUUUACAAUGAUUAUUUGGAGGGUUUAUUUGUUGAAGUGUCGGUUUCUAAGAACAAGGAAAUGAAAGAAGAAAGAAGAAGGAUGCCUGUCAUAAAACAUCAUAUCAGAUCUGCAGUCAUAGUUACGCUACUGUACACUACAGGAACACAAAAGCUGAGGUGGAUCAUUGCUACAGACACUGAAAAACUAUGCAGUCACUUCUUCCUGUACGCAAGUAGUGCUGCAUUAUUGGAGUGCUGCGAAACUGACAAAUUCACAUGCCAAACAUUCUAGUCAUUGCUCGAGCUAACCACAUGCUGCGAAGAAAAGAGCUGAGUGUUACUGUAAACACCUUUUGGUGUCACAAAAAUGAAAUCCUCUCAUACCUGCAAUGCACGGCAACCUGUCGUGUGUCACUCAGGUAGCCAGAACACAGAAUACUAGGAAUUAACUGACAGAGGUGUUAAUGUUAAUCUAUUACAGCAGCGAACAAACCUGUACAGAUAUAAACAGGAAGUGCCUUUUAUUGAACUCAAAACACAGAACUGCACACCAAGACUUUCAUCAUAACCAUAUUAGGCACAAGAGCUGAAUAUGAAUUUGCAUGUAAAUGUUGCCUGAGCUGUACUGCCAUUUUUUUUUUCAGUACUCCUGCUGUCGACUAGCUUGUUAGCUUGCGCCAGUAGUCAUCGUGGGGUAAUUAUAUACUGUAGCGCCCCCUGCAGGUUGUGGUCAGUGAAGACUGGUUAUUGUGGAUACAUUGUAAAUGUGUUGUAAAUUAUGAGUGGUAGUACUUUUAAUAAAAACAUCAUGUUUUUUA